AUGGAUUUGUUUUCUAUUCACGAGCUAGCCGACAUGGUUAGGGAACUUGGAUAUAAGAAUGGUGAGCCAAUCUACCUUCAUUUUCAUACACCAGGUACUGAAUUGGAUUUUGGGUUAAUGCCUCUGGUUACUGAUGGAGAUGUUAAUAACAUGAGUAAAUAUGUUAAGGAAAAUAAAGUCCUUCACAUUUACAUAGAACAUGGGCAAUCAACACUUAAUGAACCUAUUCCAUAUUUUUAUGAUGCAAAUGAAGGUCACCUAUUGGAAGAUGAUACUAAAUUAGAUUCAUUUGAAGGCCUUAAUUUUUGGGAAACAAAUUUAGAUGAUGAUGAUUUGUUCAGUAUGGAUGAUAAGAGUGAAGAUGGGAUUAUAGAUGGUAGUAACACAAACAAUGAAGAGAGUAGUGAUUUACUAUAUGAUGAGAACAACAUCUUAAAUGAACCAGAGGUUGACAUGACAGACUUUAUUAGUGUUUUUGACCAAGAAGUUGACAGAGAUCCAAGUACCAUUCCAAUUCUUGAUUCAUUUGACAAUGGUGAAGAUGAACUGAAUGUCAUUGAUACCCAAGUUCUUGAUUCUGGGAUAGUUGCAGGGGACAAGAGGAAGGAAAUGUUGAAAAAUCUUGCAAAGCCAAUUCUUUGUUCACUAGAGGAAGUUCAUCAACCAACAUUCAGACUUGGUCAAAGAUUUAAGAAUAAAGAGGAUGUGAAGCAGUUGGUGAAACUUCAUUCAAUACAUACUAAGAGGUCCCUUUAUUUUGAAAAAAAAUGA